UUGAGAUUCUAUUAAUCUACUCCUUUGUUUACCAUUCUUUAUUCACCAUUUCCAAACUCCUACCAUUUAUUUCUUUCUUGCUAUCUCUCUUUCCUAGGUUUUUUUAUCCCUUCAAAUCUGAUCAAUUAUGGAAGUCGCAGGAACAGCUUAUUCUGCUAUCCAAACUAUUCUUUCUGCAUUGCAAUCUCCUCAUCUUAAAAAAAUCAUUUCAAUCUAUGGCUAUGAAUCCAAACUUGAUGAACUCCAAAGCACCGUCAACAUCAUCAACAAUGAGCUUCGCAAAGCCCAGUCCGCGCAGGAGCUCCCAGAUGAUGUCCAAGGAUGGAUCGAGGAUCUUAAGGAUGUUGUUUUUGAAGCGGAGGAUUUGCUCGAUGAGUUUCUCACUCUCGCCGAGCAGAACAAGCACUUGAAGGCUGACGGUACAAUAUCCAAGAAGAUUAAGCGCUUACUUUCUCGUUCUAACACUUUACUUGUUGCUAUCAAGAUGUCUAAAGGGGUGAACAAAAUAAGGAAGAAGUUGGAAGCUAUUGCUCUCCACAAGCAGUUUAUCAUGGAGUUUAAUCAUGAGCCUAUCAAGUAUAGAAAGCCUGAGACUUGUUCGUAUGUGGAUGUUGCUGAAAUCGUUGGAAGAGAAGGCGACUUGGAGCAUAUUGUUGGUAGGUUGCUUGAUUCUGAUGUUCAAACUGAUGUUUCUUUCCUGUCUAUUGUGGGUAUGGGAGGAUUAGGCAAGACUGCUCUUGCACAGCUUGUGUACAGUGAUAAAAGAGUUGCAACUGCAUUUAAUUUGAGACUGUGGCAUUGUGUCUCUGAUCAAGAUCAUAAACAGUUGAACAUUACUGGGAUUCUCGGAGCAAUUUUAGCUUUAUGUCCAAAUGAGAAAUUUACAGAUCAAUCCUCCUUGCAGAUUCUGCAGAGUCAACUUCAAAAGAAAUUAUCAGAUAAGAAAUACUUGCUUUUUUUAGAUGAUGUGUGGACUGAAAAUCGCAAUCAAUGGAUUGAACUAGUAAGUUUGUUGAAAGUUGGUCAAAAGGGGAGUUGGAUUGUGGUGACUACACGUUCACAAGUGACAGCAAACUUCAUGGGAUAUGAUUCAAUGUACGAGCUUCAAGGCUUGAAAAAGGAAGAUUCAUGGAGCUUGUUUGAGAAGGUAGCUUUUAGUUCAGAGCAGUGGAAUCAUCAUGAUGACUUGGUCAAAAUCGGGCAAAAGAUUGUUGAAGCAUGUGGUGGAGUUCCUCUUGCCAUAAGAAUGGCAGGAAGUCUUGUAUAUGGCCAAGACAAGAAGAAGUGGGAAGCAGUCCAGGAAGUGGGUGUGGCCAACAUGGACAAUGAUGAUAUCACACAAAUAUUGAAGCUAAGUUAUCAUCAUCUUCCAUUCUCAUUGAAAAAUUGUUUUAGUUUUUGUGCCAUUUUUCCAAAGGAUUAUAGAAUGGAAAAGAACACAUUGGUAAACCUUUGGAUAGCACACAACUAUAUUGUUCCAUCACACAAAGGUCAGAGCAUUGAAGAUGCAGGAAACACAAAAUUCUGGUUUGGAAUAAUAGGAACUUUAUUGUUGGAAUGGUGCAAGUUGAAAUUCUACCCAAAUUGAAGCCUCAAUUCAUAGCUUUUGUCCCGGGUAAUACUCAUAUAUAGCUUUCAUUCUUUACAUAUACACUUAUAUAUCUUGAUGCUAGAGAGUGCUGGGCAUCGACCUUGUUUUUAGGCCAACCAAAAAACAAGUUUAGAAGGCGGAAAAACCUUGCAUGAGUUUCCUGCUAACUUGUAGAAGAAAUAAUGGAACAAAAAGCCUUGUAUUUGUAUCUUUGAAGACUCUUUUAUAGGUCUUUUUUAAGGUGAGUGACUACGUUUCCAGCAUUGUUUACCUUGAUCAAACAUAUGAUCCUCAGAUCAGUAAAAGUCCUCUGAAGUACUAGUGUAUUUAACUUCACUUUCCCUUACAUUAAGCAGAUUGGAAUGAAUAAGACUUGGAAUCUUGUACAAGAACCUAUGGGGUGGAAGAUUAUUACUUGCAAAUGGGUCUUCAAGAAAAAGGAAGAAAUGUCACCUGCUGAGGGUAUUAAGUAUAAAGCAUGAGUUGUUGCAAAGAGAUUUCAUCAGAGAGAGGGAGUAGACUACAAUGAGAUUUUCUCACCUGUGGUCAGACACACUUCCAUCAGAGUGCUACUAGCAAUGGUUACACACCAGAAUCUUGAGCUUGAACAACUAGACGUGAAGACAGCUUUCCUACAUGGGGAGUUGGAGGAAGAAAUCUACAUGACUCAGCCAGCUGGGUUCCAAGUUUCUGGAAAAGAAGACUAUGUAUUUAAGUUGAAGAAGUCAUUGUAUGGACUGAAGCAGUCUCCUAGGCAGUGGUAGAAGAGAUUUGAUAACGUCAUGAUAGAGAUUGGCUAUAACAAGAGUCCGUAUGAUUGUUGUAUAUAUCACAGCAAGUUAAAGAAUGUUUCUUACAUUUAUCUUGUCCUGUAUGUUGAUGAUAUGUUAAUAGCUUCAAAGGAUAAGCCAGAUAUUCAGAAGUUGAAGGGUUUUUUGAGUGCUGAAUUCGAGAUGAAAGAUUUGGGUGCUGCAAAAAAAUUUUGGGAAUGAAGAUCUAAAGAGACAGAAGCCAGAAUAAAUUUUUUGUGUCUCAAAAAAGGUAUAUUCAGAAGAUAUUGUCCAGGUUUGGUAUGUCUAAUGCUAAAGCCUUAAAUACUCCAUCUGCUGCAAAUAUUCAUUUGUCUGUUUCUUUUACACCAAAAUCUGCUGGAGAGAAGGAGUACAUGUCUCGAGUUCCCUAUGCUAGUGUAGUGGGGAGCUUGAUAUAUGCUAUGGUCUGCACUAGACCUGAUCUUGCACAUUCUGUUAGUGUUGUCAGUAGGCUUAUGUCACAACCUAGAAAAGAACACUGACAAGCUGUGAAGAGAAUAUUUCGGUACCUCAAGGGUACUUCUGAUGUUGGUCUCAUUUAUGGAGGUGGUAUACAGUGUUUGGUUACUGGUUACUCCGACUCUGAUUAUGCUGGAGAUGUUGAUAGUAGGAGAUCUAUGACUGGUUAUGUGUUCACUCUUGGUGGUUCUGUUGUUAGUUGGAAGGCUACUUUGCAACCUACAGUGACUUUGUCGACUACGGAAGCAGAGUACAUGGCUUUGACAGAAGCUGCAAAAGAGGGAAUCUGGUUGAAAGGACUGGUUAGUGAUCUGGGUCUAUAUCAUGAUCAAACUAUCGUAUAUUGUGACAGUCUUAGUGCCAUAUGUUUGGCUAAGGAUCAAGUCUAUCAUGAGAGAACCAAACACAUUGAUGUUAGAUAUCAUUUCCUAAGGAAUGAGAAGAGGAUUAAGGUGAACAAAGUGAGUACUGCUGAUAAUCCUGCUGAUAUGUUCACCAAGUAUGUUUCGCACAGCAAGUUCCAACAUUGCUUGGACUUGUUAAACGUGGGAAGUUGUUGAUUGCCCUCUUAAAGCAAGAAAAAAACAAAAUAAAAUCUGAGGCAGAGGACUUAUGUCUGUUACUCGUGGAUAGUACAUCUGUUAUCCGUUGUUGCUGAGAGGAUUCAAGUCAAGGUGGAGAUUUAUAAGGUUAUGCCUUGAAUCCCACAUCGGAAGAUUGAUGUUUUUAUUAUCCCACAUCGGAAAUGACAAAGGCUUGUUAUUCUUCUCCUUAUAAAAGGAGUCUUGGGCAUUAGUUUUGCAUCAUCCCAAAAAUCUGUUUGGCUAAGGUUUUCUGUUUUGGAGUAAUUUAUAAACUCCUAUUUUCUGUAAUCUAGCCAAUAUUUGUAUUCUGGGUUUCCUCUAGUAAUAAAAUAUUUCUCUCCCCUGCC